AUCCUUACACCGCUGUACGAGGCGUUGACGUUCUGUCGAGAAGAAAUGCUUCGUUCCAUAUGACGGUUUAAGACAUGUUAUUAAUGUCACAAAUAUAGUUCAUACUUAUUCCCGGUGGGAAACUUGUGCUGCAUUACUCCACUCUACGGGAUUUAUUUACUGUAGGAUUUAUGUGAAAAUUAUAUACCGCUUUUACACGGUGUGUUUAUAUUUCUGUGGAAUAUAAAAUAUCUAUCCCAGUGUAUAUAUGCACGCGUUUUUGUCGGGAGGAACACAGAUUUGUUUAUACCAAAGGGAGUUCACUACUGUGUUGUUCCAAUUCACGGAUCUUACUCUAAUAUCUGGAUUUAUACGGUAGACCGGGAAUAGCAUAUGAGCCUUGUCCAUGGCUCAAAGGUUCGAAAAUGACCUCCCGGCACACUACCCCGGGGGUGGGGGUUUGGGAGGGAUGCCGGACAGUAUGUACGACCGGUCCCUCCCCAAUCACCCGCUUCAUCAACAGUCGUCGAUGCACCACUACCCUCCCUACUCCACAAACAGCUCUAUGCCCCCCGUCAAUUCUUCUCAGGACUCACAACUUAAGAGAGAUAAGGAUGCAAUAUACGGGCAUCCAUUAUUUCCACUAUUAGCGCUCAUAUUUGAAAAAUGUGAGUUAGCGACCUGUACCCCCCGAGAGCCGGGGGUGGCAGGGGGCGAUGUGUGCUCCUCGGAAUCUUUCAACGAAGACAUUGCAGUUUUUAGCAAACAAGUUUUAGCCCGGUCAGAAAAACCUUUAUUUUCCGCAAAUCAUGAACUGGACAGCGUGAUGAUACAGGCUAUACAAGUGUUAAGAUUUCACUUACUGGAGCUGGAAAAGGUGCAUGAACUCUGUGACAAUUUUUGCCAUCGGUACAUCAGUUGUUUAAAAGGAAAAAUGCCGAUAGAUUUAGUGAUUGAUGAACGAGAAGGGGGGAGUACAACAUCCAAAUCGAGUUCGGAAAAUCCGCCGGAUCCUACAGAAGGGGUGGACCAACAGCGUCCACCCUCACAGAGCCUGACCUUCGGGCCCCAGGAAGAUACCCAGUCCUCGCGCUCAGGGGACACGCCUAUCACACCUAGUCAAUCAAACGCAACAUCUAAUUCAUCUCACAAUGCAGACAACAUCAGUGAAUCAGGGGAAGGAUUGGACAACAGUGUCGGAUCAGGGGAGGGAACUGCAGAUGAAGAUUCAGAAGAUCGUGCCAACUCAAAGAGACAGAAAAAGCGGGGCAUAUUCCCUAAAGUAGCCACCAAUAUCAUGAGAGCCUGGCUCUUCCAACAUUUAACACACCCAUAUCCCUCAGAAGAACAGAAAAAACAGCUGGCACAGGACACAGGCUUAACUAUUCUUCAAGUCAAUAAUUGGUUUAUAAAUGCUAGAAGGAGAAUCGUUCAGCCCAUGAUUGACCAAUCAAAUCGAGCAGCUCCAGGGGGCCACGGUGGCUACAGUCCAGACAGCAUGGGCUGGGAUGGGCAGGCAAUGGCCCACAUGGGCUCACACAUGCUGCAAGGAAGACCUGGAGCAGACAUGUACGACCCAAUGAAAGCAGGCUAUCACCACAUGGACGGCUCUCAACGAUACGACAUGCUGGGAGUCCAGGGCAUGGGUGACAUGUACGGAGCGCCCCCUGUCAGUGGCAGCAGUUCUUAUUCCCAAAUGUCACAGUUACGUCCACCCGUACACUCCCAAGCUAUGCUCAUCCCAGGCCACCCCCACCACAUGAUGAUGGGACACGGGGCCCCGGGAAUGAGCCCCCACGCAAUGUCAAUGAGUUCCACUCAGAGCCCUCCUCUACACGGCAGCAUGGACAGUAUGGGAGCACAUAUACAGGACAUUCAUGCAGGGUAGAUGCCAUGACAGUGGCCCCACAUGACAUCAAACAAAAAAGUAUUAGUGGAAGAUAGGACUUCCUUUUUCACCGCCUAUCAGCACAUUAAUAAAAUAAAAAGUUACCACAGAGUAAUAUGUAGUUAAAAACUACAGAUUAUUCACACAAGGAAUUUUUUUUUGUUUAUGAGAAUAUGAUAAUGAGAAAUUAACGUCACAGUGAUCUCGGCGUGGCCAUUAAGUAGCGGAGGAAUGAAAUUCCUGGACGGUGGAACUCAGAAUGCUAGUCACAGACGUCGGAGCCACUCGUCUGGAUUGGACGGAGGCCGCCUGACGUCUCUGCUUCCUCUCUAUCUUUCUCAAUGAUCUGUAUAGACUCUUUUACUCGUAGUAGGUGCAAGAAUCACUUGAUUUUUCAGAAGUAUUAUAGAUGCUGGAUAACAAAGCAUCAGAUUUUUUUCCAAUUAAGUAUUAUGUUUUUUGGGCAGACACGAGCUGCCCGAUUUCUGUGUCACGGAUGACAUUUUCACAUGGAUACCUCAUCUUGUAUGCUAUGUAUAGUUAUGGCCAUGACUAAUUAUAUAAACAAUAAAUAACAUGCAUUCCAUUUCUUUGUGGUACUGGUUAUGGCCAUUUUGUAUUUUGUUCUGUGUUUUUUUUCCACUCUAUCUCUGAAAUAUUUUUUUUAACUGAACAACAAAAUGGAUAUGAUCAAAGGACCAGAGGUGUGGCCGUAUUAACCAGUUAGAAUUGGGUUAACAGAAGAGAACUGAUCACUUCAGCCAAUCAACUUGAAGCUUUAAUAUUACCUCAAUAAUAGAUUUCUGUUGUAAAAAAUAUGAAGUUUUAUUCAUUUAGAUGGUUUUGUAUUUAAUAUGGUGCAUGUUUGGAAUGGAGAAGUAUUGGUGCAUAUAAUGGACUUGUAUAGUAGAGUAUGAACAGAGUGAAAGGUAGGCUUGAAUCAAGUCAUGGAAUUUUACUUUGUUUUUCUUUUUUUCUGUUUUGUUUGUUUAUUUUGUAUCUAAGUAUUAAUAAAGAUUUUGAUUUGUUGCCAAGUAACACACAUGGUUGCAUUUUGUUUGAUCAGUAUCAGAACAUUUUCUAGAAACACAUUCAUUAUAAAAAAUCAAAACCCCAUUUGGCCACAGUACCUAUCUUUGUGAUGCCACAUGAUAAAACAUCUCUGGCCAAAUCAAUUUUUGAACAGUAUUUGUUUUUUUCUUUUGUUAUUUUUUGCAUAAUAAAUUAUUUUCUAGUAUUUUUUUCUGAUUGAUGUUGAGUUUUCUUUAAGUUUGCAUUAAUAUAUUGAACAAUGAUUUGUGAAUCAAUUUUAGUGGACAUCAUGGGUUUGUCAAAGUCAGUGAAAAGGGAAAAUCAGUUCUCUGAUGCAUGUUUACAGCAAAUUCUUGGUUUUGCAGAUUUUUUUUUUUGAUUUUUUAUUUCAUUGUUUCAUUUACUGCUGACUACCCACAAUCCCAUGGCUUAUGUUGCCAGGGAUACGACAAUCACAUGAUACAGCAACAAAAUAGGAUUGGCCAAUGAGUGUGCUCUGUUAUCUGUGUGGGAGUGUGUGAUUGUGAUGAAAGUUUGCUAAAGCUUGAAUGCUUAGUUCUAGGGAAUUUUUUAAUGAGAUUGUCACGUAUUUGAGAAAAAAUUCCAGAAGAAAAAAAUAAAAUGUUGUACUAUGCUA